GCCGCCCUGAAUCCCAGCCGCCCUCAGCGUCCGCCUGACGCCCGUUGGGUGCAGCUGCGAACCAUUGCCCAGGCAGAGUCUUCGCUGCCCAGCGUCCUCCCCAACUUCCACCGUGCGAGGUGGGUGUCGGCGUGGGAAACAAAACGCGAGAACGAGAUGGACGGCAGCUGCCACCACAAUGAGACGAUCACCUUCUUCUACAACAACAUCAAAAGGCCACUGUACGACGAGUGGUCUGUCACCAGCGUGCUGGUCAUGGUGCUCGGCAUCACCAUGUGCCUCUUCAUCAUGCUGGCCAACGUCCUCGUCAUGCUCGCCGUAUACAUCAACAAGAAACGCCACCACCCCAUCUACUUCCUCAUGGCCAACCUGGCCGUGGCGGAUUUCUUUGCGGGAGCGGCGUACGUCUACCUGAUGUUCAACACGGGACCCAACACUCACAAGCUGUCGCUGCCGACCUGGAUGCUACGCCAGGGGCUGAUCAACACGAGCCUCACGGCCUCCGUUGCCAGCCUCCUGGCCAUAGCCAUAGAGCGGCACAUCACGGUGUUCCGGAUGCAGAUGCAUUCGCGGAUGAGCGAGCGGCGCGUCGCGGUCGUCAUUGCGAUCAUCUGGCUCGUGUCCAUCAUCACCGGUGCCAUUCCCAGCAUGGGCUGGAACUGCAUCUGCAACAUCAGCACGUGCUCCACCAUGGCGCCCCUGUACAGCACCAGCUACGUCAUCUUCUGGGCCGGCUCCAAUCUCUCCACAUUCCUGAUCAUGGUGGGACUCUACAGUCACAUCUUCGUGCACGUGUGGAGGAACACGAUACCCGUGCCGCAGAAUACCUCCAGGUCCACCCAGAGGAAAAAGGCCACCAUGAGCUUGCUCAUAACGGUCACCAUCAUGUUGGGAGCCUUCAUCGUGUGCUGGACGCCAGGCCUGGUGAUUCUGCUGCUGGAUUCGUUCUGCUCGGACUGCAAUGUCCUGGCCUUUGAUAAGUACUUCUUGCUCAUAGCGGAGCUCAACUCCGCCAUGAACCCCAUCAUCUACUCGAUUCGGGACAAAGAGAUUGUCGCCACUUUGCAGCGAAUCCUGUACUGCCAAAAGGCAGAAGCCAUCAUCACCAAUGGCUCCGAUAACGUCUCCAAUAAAUCAACGUCCACGGCGAAUCACAACCUGGUCACGCCUAUCAGUCACGUGACCACCACAAGUGCGAUGAAGAUGAAUCAGUUUAAAUUUUGAUUUAAAGCUUUCGUGACUGCAGUAAUUCAUAUUCUUAGUUUUUUCGGUAAAGUCA